CUUUUGUUUUUUCCUACAUAAAAAUCACCAUUGCUAGUAUCAUCAUCAAAUUCUGAGUCAUUAUAAUCACUUUCAAUACUUUCAGAAUACACUUCAAAUGUUUCUAAAAUAUCCACUUCUUCAUCAUCAUUUUCAUCACAUUCUUCAGCAUUUAAUUCCUCAUUUCUAACAGAAUAUUAUGGACUAGUUCAAGGUCUUUUUGAUUAUUCAAAUCUAAAGCAUUUAGCACUCAUCAUGGGAAAAAUAAAUAAAAAAUCUAUAAGGAAUCUUGAUACUUCCAUAAAUCUUCAGGAGACAAACGUUAUUGGGCACGUAAAUCUGACAGAUACAAAUUUUUCAAAUAAGGUUAAAAACUGGAAAUACUCCUACACUGAACUGGUCGUUAUUGCAUUCCAAAGGAGGGGGUGGCCAGAUGGGCAGAUACUGAUAAGGUCAAGGUCGUGAGAAGUUUAAGGGGACUUCGACACGCCUGUAUCUGUCAGAUCAACGCGCUCGAUGAGUGUUAAAAUGUAUCAGGCUGAUACAUGUGAAGCUGGUAAAAGAUGGUAAAAAAUGCAGGGUCAUCUGCAUGUAAGCAUUCUUAUAUUUGGGUACUCCUGUAAUAAUAAUAUAAGAAUUGUUUUAUUGUUACGCUAGUAUUAAAUGUUCAUAAUGUCAUUUUCUUUCAGUCUUUGGCUAGUAAAGUAACAGGAAUGCUAUUAGAAUUAUCUGCAGCUCAGUUACUAAUGCUUUUAGCAUCUGAUGAUGCUUUACGUCAAAAAGUGGAUGAAGCUACAGAUAUAAUUUUGUCACAUAGCAGAGAUUCUACUUCUGAAGCUCUGCUUGACUUGGAUGUUUUCAACUUGGGUGAACGUUCAAGAAGAGGAAGCACAACAAGGAGAAGUGAUGGAGAAGACGAUGAUGAGCUAGAUGAUAAUUCUCCCCUCUUUUACCAACCUGGUAAACGAGGAUUUUAUUCUCCUCGACAAGGCAAAUGUACUCCUGAAAGAAUAAAUGCAUUUAGAAAUGUUGGAAGAAUAAUAGGCUUAUGUCUUUUGCAGAAUGAGUUAUGUCCUAUUUAUCUUAACCGGCAUGUAAUUAAAUACAUCUUAGGCAGACGUUUGGGUUGGCAUGAUCUAGCAUUUUUUGAUCCUGUUUUGUAUGAAUCAUUGCGACAAGUUGUUGUAGAUGCUGAAGGAAAAGAUAGCAAUGCUAUGUUCUCUGCUCUUGAUCUUACAUUUUGCAUAGAUCUCUGUACUGAAGAGGGUGGAGGAAAUGUUGAAUUAGUUAGUGGUGGACGAGACAUUAAUGUCACUGCUCAGAAUGUUUAUGAUUACAUUCAACGCUAUGCUGAAUAUCGAAUGCUAAAAUGUCAAGAAAAAGCUCUUUCGGCUCUUCGAGCUGGUGUGUAUGAUGUAUUACCACAAGGAACUUUUGAUGGAUUGACUGCUGAAGAUUUUCGCCUUCUCUUAAAUGGUGUUGGGGAAAUUAACGUACAGACUUUAAUUAGUUACACUUCAUUUAAUGAUGAAAGUGCCGAAGGGGGUGGCGAUAGGCUACUUCGAUUUAAAAGGUGGUUCUGGUCUAUUGUGGAAAGGAUGUCUAAUUUUGAAAAACAAGAUCUAGUCUACUUUUGGACUGGUAGUCCUGCUCUGCCUGCAAGUGAGGAAGGAUUUCAGCCGAUGCCUAGUAUAACAAUUCGGCCAGCAGAUGACCAACAUCUACCAACAGCCAAUACUUGCAUAUCAAGGCUAUAUAUUCCUCUGUAUUCAUCUAAAACUAUUUUGCGCUCCAAACUUCUUCUAGCAAUCAAAACAAAAAAUUUUGGUUUUGUUUAAUGUGUACUUUUGUAGGUAUCAUCAAAUUUGAAAAUGUCUUUUGUGAUGUUUGACAAAAUGUCAUGUUAGCAUCGCAUGCAAUGAUAGGAAUAGGUAUGUCAUGUAAAUGCUGCUGGAUUAUGGUUCUGUCAUGUACUUCAUAUUCAAUAUGAAAAAUGAAUAAAUGUUUUUAAAAGAUA